CAGCCGCAGUGAAUCAAAGGCAGACUAAGAGACCAUCGUCGUUGUUUACCACCACUCUCUACGGAUAACAGACAAUAGUAGCUUUGCCAGAACAAUCGUGUUCUUAGGCAAGCAAUUGCUAGGAGAAUUGGAUGCUGGAAAUGAAUCGACAAGGUAGGUUUGUUCUCUCUCAGGCCUGAUCGACACCAUUCCAAGCACACAGCACCAUUUGCGAAAGGACAACUGCAAUGCGCAAGGCAUGGGCACCGAUCUAUUACAAUUCCACGAAUGCAACAUAGCGGUCUGCUCUUAACGGAAGAUUAAUCUACCGCGACUCGCACCUUGAGUGAGCGAUAGCGUCGUUCCUGAGCGCAACCCGGACAGACACAACGUCAAGCACGACCGCCGUCAGCUGUAAAUAACAUGAACCAACAAAAUCGAGGAGCGGGCAAUCCUAGAAUGGUUGCAAGCAAGCCUGGUACUUGGGCCCAAGGUGGUCUUGCAAGUGCAGCGAGUGCUUCACAAUCUAGCCGAGAGCCUGUAGCUCCAGACAACUGGGCCCAAGCCAUGGCCUCAAGAUCGAGCGCUCCUCUAGACCUUUCAGCCUCCUCAUUCCCCAGUCUCAACAACAGCGGCCUACAAUCUCAGAGUCACAAUGUCGGCUCCAGUGCUUGGCAGACUGGCCCUCCCCAGAACGAACAAGCUCUGAGACAGCAACUGCAAUCAUCUCGAACUCAAAUAUCGUCUCGACAACAACAGCAACAACCAAGUGGUGGUCGAGAGGGCUUCUAUCCCACAGACACCUACUCGAGGAACGCUCCAAUGGAAUACUCUUCCGAGCAGUCUUCACAACCCCCCAGACGAACAGGCCAACUACCCAAUGGGCCUCCUGGGCUUGUCCAGAGACCAAAUCAGCAGAAUGAUGUUGCCUCUGGUGACCCCAGUAGAGUAACGUCUCCUUCAAGCCAGGCACAAAUAUCUCGCUCACCAAUGUCACAAAGUAUGAAUGCCCCAAUCGGACAAGAUAGAUUUUUAGGGCAGGACGGGCGGUCACAGGCUAAGGACAUUUCGCAAGACUCUCCCUCGCAAGCUGUAGGACUACAGGCGGGAAGUAUGUUUGGCGACCGAGAACCAGGUGCAAGACCGGAGCAGUCAAUUGAAAUGAUAUUUGCUGGCAUGAGCGACAGAGAAAAGUUCGGCAUGAAAGGGUACAUCGCGGAGCAAGAUAACGCAACACCAGCGGGUCGAAGCCUGAUGAGAGGGGUGGAUUUAUCGACUCUUGGAAUCAACAUGAGCUCUCAAGAACCACUACUGCCUUCAUAUCCUGGUCCCUGGGCUGACCAUAAUGCUCAACCACUGCGACCACUGGAUUCGGAAUACAGCGUACCGGACUGCUACACGGUCAAGAAAAUCGCACCUCUGUCGAGUCGGAUUAACGGAUUCAUGGACGAGACGCUUUUCUUUGUCUUCUACACCAUGCCCCGAGAUUACACGCAAAUGCUGGUAGCUCAAGAGUUGGUGGCUCGGAAAUGGCGCUAUCACAUGAGAGAGAAACAGUGGCUCACCCGAGAUGAAGCAUCUCCCAGCCCUGUUUUGCUUGAGGACAAAGUCAGCGAACAAGGCUACUACAUCUGGUGGGACACAAAACUAUGGAAAAAGGUCCGCCGAAUCUACACCCUGAGGUACGAGGAUUUGGAAGAACAACCGAGUAUGGGCAAUCGAACAAUGCAUGCAGGCGCCAUGGGAGCUAUGGCAGGAGGUAUGGGCGUUGGCAAUUUCAAUGCCGUUCCCAGUCUCGAGAGGAUGGCUGCUAGUGGAAGAGGAUUCUGAAUGAGUCGGCAAUCUCCAUGGGGCGAGAUUGACUGUGAUCCAAGGCCAGACCAUGGCUCGUUUCCAGCAACUUCGCAUUCAUGCAGUAUCUCGGACUGAUUAGCAGACAGCUUGAAGCUGUCGAAAAUGCAAUCAAAUGUGGUCCAGCUAGUCGACUCCCAGUGGUAAACUUGUG